UUGUCUAACGAACCAUUUCACAGCGUUGAGGUGAGGAAACGAGCCAGCGAUAGCGAUAGCAGCCCAUGUGGAGUGAACAGCAGCGCCCCGAGGGUCAUUCCUCUCAACAUCUAAGAGCUGCACUGGAUACAACAACCAGACUACACAUAUAAUGAAAAAGAUACUUGAGAUAAGAUCACAUAUGUAUCCAUUUCUCGAAAAAUCGAAUCGUGUGUUCCUAUUGCUUUCAAAUUAAGAAAUAGUCUAAUCACUCAUCGAGACGAACGAACAGACACUUUGGACCAAACGACAUCCCUCGUUGUAUCAGAUUAAGAGUUGACGAGACCUGUUUCACUAUCUGAAACUAUCGGGUUGAUCUGGUGAGAAAUCACUUUCAUUUCGCGCCCCACUAUCUGCGAUACUUUCUCGCCUGCCUGCAGCUGAAACCAUGCAAGAACGAUUGCAGUAUUUUUCGCCUAGCUGAAAACGGACUACAAAUUUAAUUGUGGAUUACGACUCACAGAGAAGCAUUUUUGGUAGGCUGCACUUCGGGAGUUCGGCUUCCCCUUGCCGUGUCAAUUCCCUCCCGUUCCGCCGCCGAGCUCCGUUUCACGCCGUGGUGGAGGGCUCCAUGCUGCCGCAAAGGGAGAGGAGAGAAGUGCGAUCCCGUGCUGGAUGGAUGGUUAUGGGGAAAGGAGCAGGACUUUCGGCGCUAGAAGUCGGCAAGAUCCUCACAAUAUUUCUUUACCUCUUCCCUGCAGUGAGCCUGCAGUGCAAGAUCCUGAAGUGUAACUCGGAGUUCUGGGCGUCGACCUCCACCUCUGGCCCGGAGGAGCUGUUCUGCACCGCCCUGCGCGCCUACAACACCUGCGUCCGCCGCACUGCCCGAACGUGCCGGGGGGACCUGGCGUACCACUCCGCCCAGCACGGCAUCGAGGACCUGAUGAGCCAGCACAACUGCUCCCGUGAGGGCCCCACCUCCCAGCCCCACCCCCGGCCCCGAACCCCGCCCCCACCACGCCCCGACAGCCAGGAGCGUUCGGACGGCCCCGAGGUCUGCCACUACGAGCGCGCCUUCGCUCGACACUCCGCGCCCCCCAACUACACCCACUGCGGCUUUUUCGGGGACCCCCACCUCCGCACCUUCAGCGACGACUUCCAGACCUGCAAGGUGGAGGGGGCGUGGCCUCUCAUCCACAACAAGUACCUGUCCGUGCAGGUGACCAACACACCUGUCCUACCAGGGUCCUCUGCCACAGCUACCAGCAAGUUGACCAUCAUCUUUAAGAACUCGCCGGAGUGCGUGGACCAGAAGAUGUAUCACGCCGAGACGGACGAGCUGCCGGCGGCCUUCGCGGACGGCUCGCGGAACGGGGGCGAGCGCCACGGCGGCAACGCGCUGCGCGUGGUGGAGAAGGUCCCGGGCCAGCACGUGGAGAUCCAGGCCCGCUACAUCGGCACCACCAUCGUGGUGCGGCAGGUGGGCCGCUACCUGACCUUCGCCGUGCGCAUGCCCGAGGAGGUGGCGACGGCCGCCGAGGACGGCGACGACCAGGACCUGUACCUGUGCCUGCACGGCUGCCCGCUCAACCAGCGCAUCAGCUUCCGGGACCCCAGGGGCCAGGGGGCGGGGACCCCGCCCCACGGGUUCACCUACCAGUCGGCCAUGGCCAAGUGCAGAGAGCGCCUCCCCGUGGAGGACCUGUACUUCCAGUCCUGCGUCUUCGACCUGCUCUCGUCCGGCGACGUAAACUUCACCCUGGCCGCCUACUACGCCUUCGAGGACGCUAAGAUGCUCCACUCCAACAAAGACAGGUACCACAUCUUCGCCAGGUCCACGAACGCGGGCAGCUCCGCCCAGCGGGGAUCCUCCGUCCCCACAUUGGCCCUUCUGCUCCUCCUGGCUCUGUUGCCGUGGGUACCGUGCUCUGGCAUCCACCUGUAAGGCCGUGUUUGUGUGCUUGGUUUGUUCGCGUGGUGCUUGCCAGCGAAGGAAUGCCAAGGAGCUCCACAGAAUGUUCCAGAAUGUUCCGUCUCACUGCACAGGGUCCCUGGCUCCACCCCUCUUCUCAGCCUUUCUGUGGCAUCUGGAGUCAGUCUCUGCCACGGUUGCCAAGAGAAACAAUGGGGUGGGGGGUGGGGGGGGGGUCACUGUGUUUCAAGUGCAAUCCAGUCCGUCAGCCAUCGACUCGUCUCUCAUCGUGUGUUCUUCAUCACUCGUGGACUCCAUGGGGCGGACGGUGGGGUGGUUCUUCCUCAGAGCGGAAGAGGGACAGACUGUGCGAGUGAAACUCAGCCAUUUCGGGUUCGGACAUGCUCUGUGCAGGGCGGGAGAGGGAGGAGGAGACCUCACUUAAGUGUGUAUGCGAUGUGGCCUUUUGCUGGGAAAAGCAGAAGGAACCGUCCAUGGCUGUCUGUAUUGGAGUUGAACUUCUGACAGGAUAUAUUUAUUAAAAUUUUUUUCACCUUAUAGUGAGGAAAAUGAGGCCAUGGACGUGUGUGUUUGUGUGUGUGUGUGUGUACUUGUGCACUUUUGUGUACUCAUACAUGUUUGCGUGCAUGCUUGUAUUCAUUUAAGUGUGUGUAUAUGAAAGUGUGUGUGUGUGUACGAAUUCAGAAAGGGCUGAAUUUGGGGAGGUGUCCCUCAGCCCUGGAGCGAGCGAGUCGGGGUGUCUGGGGCGGAGUCAUGUGACUCUGCUCACAGCGUGCUGCUGUCCCAGAGCGUGUGUAUAUGGCUUGCACACCGAACUGCUCUUCACAAGACGAAUGGGGCCAUGUUUCCAAAAGCCUGUCUGUUACACCCAGGGUUCUAAUAGAGUGCAGAUCUGGCAGCCAAGGGUCAGUCAGACCUGCACGCUUCUGCCAAGAGCAGAACUGGCGGCCAGAUAGGAAACCCAUCCCCCCUUCAUCAUCUGCCAAUCACAGCGUCGAAGUGAUGUCCAGCACGUUCCUACAUCACACAGCUGUGUAAAUCACAAACAGUAUUUAUUAAACUUUGUUCAUUUUGCUGUUUUAUGGUUGUACAAUUUAGAUUUUGGAAUGUAAAUACGAUUCCCGUCAAGGGACGCGAGCCCCUCGAUCAAACUACGGAAACAGUGAAUUUGCACCGUCGCGUUUGCAUAACGAAUGUCAUUUUUAACAGAAUGGUACUUUCAAAGCUGCAGUAUCGUUAAUACCCCGGCGCAGAGCGCACAGAGAAUGAAGCAUCCGCGGAAAGCACCUCAGAAGGUUUUUAUUUUGUCCUCCCCUCUCUGGUUCAUUAGCAGUGCAUUUCUUAAACAGUCAGAUAAGGCAGCGACGCGUGGAUGGAGUGCGCCCGUUUCCAGUUAACUAUAUUCACAAAGCAAGGGCGGGGCAGCACCCAGCAGAAGUGAAGUUAUUGGCCGAAGUCGCAAAGUAGGCGGACACGACUGCCGGCAGAUAUGUCCUUAUUGGUCUAAACCUGGACGGACACCUGGCAAGGGCGGCUGAUGCAGGAGCCAAGAUUGUGUUCGAGGCUUACACGCAUCUGACACACUGACUCCCUCAUAAAACUAAUAAGCCGUCAGGGUCUCUGUUGACGGCUCGCAGGGUGCCAGCGUGGCUGUGCUGUGAGGGGCCUGUUUGACCUGCUUCUCUCUGUGGACCUGCGAGUUUUAAAAAGGAGCCCUUUUCUGCCAAAGAGCUAGACCCGGUGCCAACUGUUGUCCAAACAGCUGUGCCCUCCUUGGGGAGUUCUGCGGUGGGGAGCGUAAGUAUUUGGGCCGAACAGAGGCCCCGAUUGUGUGGGACACAGAAAAGCGCUGCUAAAUUAGUCUGCUAGGAGACGGCGUUUUGACAGCGGGGGGCGUGGGCAUGGGGAUGUGGGAAAUAUCUGAUGGGGCGCUUUUUGCCUUCUGCCUGCGCCCCCUGCAGGAACAUGAUGGCAUCUCACCCUGACAGGCUAUGAGUGAGAUGUUGUCACAGUGAGUAUGAUUAGAGGUGGUGAGUGACUUCAUUACAUUGUAUGUCACUGAAUCCAGUUACGAUGCUAUAAAACAGUGACGCCUCUUCUGGAAGGUGAUGCAUUAGCCAGGGCUUCAUAGGGAUUCAUGGGCCGGCCAGUGGAGGAUGGGCUUCCCCUCUAUAGCUGGGUUCUCCCUGAGAUUUCCUCCCAUUGGGGAGUUUUUUCUCACCACUGCUAUUUCUUCCCUGUUUGGUGGUUCAGGCCUGAUUUUUGCCCAAAUUAAUUGAAUUGUAUCACAUGUGACAUGACACCUUUUCUCCAGUCACUUAAUUUAAAUCAGCCCAGUGUUGGAAAAUAACUCUGAAGAAUCGGAGAAAACUUAAUUUUACCUGCAAAUGUUCCCCAGGAUUCACACCAGUAGCGAAUCCGUUGCCCUAGCCACUGACCUGCACAGCAGCCUGCAUAAUGUAGUUCUGUGAGUGAAGCAGUCUGAGGUUACAGGAAUACGUUAAAGUCUAGGUACGUCAUUAGGCCUAAGACCCAUUGUAGCUGCAGUGGGAGAUGGCAGCCUGACUGCUGUGUUGUGGGUUGAUUUGGAGCUUUUUUUCCGGCUACCCUUGAAUGGGGAGAUUUUGGCAGAAGCGGGGCUGACUCACGCCACACUGAAUGCUAAUGCGUUAUAGACCAGAGAGGGUUUAAGGUCACUGACUCCUCACAAACAGAGAAUUCAACUGGCUUUUUCACCGAGCAGAUGUAACCGAUAUUCCGUACAGUUCGUCUGGCUUUUCCGGCAAGUAAAUGUCAAACUGAAAUGAUUGUAAUGUCAGAAAUUGUGCUCCUCAGUGUAAUUUGUAUUGUCCCUUUUUGAUAAAUGGUUUCUCUGUGUCUUGUGUGUGAUUGUACUUACAACUGUGAGUUGAGUUGUUAUAGAUAUAUUGUGUUAACCGGUUGUGUUGAAAGUUUCACUUAAACAUUGUUUUGUAAAAGAGGGAAGGGGUGGGUGAAUGUGACCAUUUUGUUUUUUUUAAUUAUAAAUAUUGUCAACACACAAACACCACAAUGAUACAUGUGUGAAAAAUUGUAGCUCCAGUUCAUUAUUUUUGUGUGGCUGCUGUUUGAAACUGAGGCUGUAAUCAAUCCUUUGCUUGUUUGGAAGGCUGAAGAACAUCAACAACCAGAUUAUUUUUCAGACGCAAAUGUCUCGGAUGAAGACCAUUAUUUUUUCUUGAGAGAAAUAUUUGUUGUUACGGCAACAUUAGGACUAAGCAUAGGCUAUAGGGUUUACUUUUAAAGUUCAAAGAAAUACCAUCAGAACAAAAUGCAGACAUUGUGGUUUUGUGGUGUUUGUUUGUUUUUUUAUUUUUUUAUUUAAAAUGCACUUUAUGUUUUAUUCUCCUUUUCUCGCUUUUUUUGAUUGGAACUUGAUUGUGAAUAGAGGACGUCAGAAUGGUACUGAUCAGAAAAGGGAAUAAAAACUAGCCAAUGUAUAGAAAGAGCAAACUUUCUUUGUAUGUAGGAAAAAAAAUAGCGUGACGCCAUGUGUACAUAUUGUAAAUUAUUUAUUGAGAAAAUUAAAGUGUCUUGUUCAUUUGUUUUUAUGAA